GUCGAAUGUAAGACUUGGUGGAGGUCACAUAGGUACUGAUACUGAAUUGAGAGGUGGCAGGAUAGGAGGAUCAGCAAUAACAGUAGGCAGUGUUACCUCAGGUUAUUCCUCAGGGCCAGGCAAGAUUUCAGUGGCAGGUGUAGAUGUCAAUCUUACAGGUUCAAAGUUGAAAGGUGAGGUUGACCUGCCAAGCACAAUGGGAGGAAUAAAAGCAUCUGGUAUAGACACUGAUGUUCCAGGCUAUGAAACUGAGGGAAGUGUGAGUGGCAUAAAAACGUCAACCAUCAAGAUGCCCGUGUUUGGAAUGAAAGAAAUCAAGAAAGAGGGAACUAGUGUUGAAGUUAAACUAAGUGGUGAUGCGGAUAUGUCAGUACCUGUAACACAUGAAGAGGUGCAAAAACCAGAACUAGACAUCAAACGGACAGAUAUACAGAUCAAAGGUCCUAGUGCUAACAUUGCAGGGUCAGUUGGCAAUGUACAUGACAUUAAAGGUCCCACUAUAAAUAUUGAGGGGAAAGAAGGCGAUUUAAAAAUGCCUCAGAUAAAGACACUAUCAUUUGGGUCCACAGGACCAAAGGUUGCUGUUAAAGCUCCUGAGGUUGACAUUAAAGCACCAAAAGGUGAUAGUGGGGGCUCUGAUGUAAAAACUGAAAGUCUGAAAUUCAAGAUGGGUUCCAAAACAGGACCUACAAUGCCAGAAUGGGAUAUAAGUCUGAAAGAAACUAAACGGGAUGUGGAUGUGUCAGUUCCAAAGAUUGAGGGAGACACAACAAAACCUGCAGUUGAGAUCAAAGGAUCAGCAGUUGACAUCGAAAAACAUAAAGGUGGAUUUGAGAUGCCUAAACUCAAAAUGCCAUCAUUUGGCUUUACAGGUCCUAAGGCGGAAGCUACAGAUGUUGAUAUAAAAGUUACAAAAGCGGAAAUUGAUGUCAAGGCACCUGAGGUUCAUGUUAAAGCAUCCAAAGUUAAUGUUGAAAGCCCAGAUGUAGACAUAGACGCUCCCAAGGUGGACAUUGACAUUGAGGGACCUGAAGGUGGCUUUAACCAGCCAAAAUCUACAAUGAAAUCCACUGGCCUGAAAGGUCCGAAGCUUGAAGGAGGUGUGACUGUAUCUGUACCAAAGAUUAAGGGAGACAUAAAAGCACCUGGAAUUGACAUCAAAGGUCCACAAAUUGAUAUUACAGGGACAAAUGGUGGUGUUGAAAUUCCAAAAAUCAAAAUUCCUGAAGUGGAGCAUGAAGUACCAGAUGUUGACAUUGAGGGACAUAAAAGUGGAUUUAAAAUACCUAAAGUAAAAAUUCCAUCAUUUGGAAUUAAAGGUCCAAAAGUGGAGGGGCCAGAAGUCAACGUUGUUUGUCCAAAAGCUGACAUGAAUGUGAACGCUCCUGAAGUGGACAUUGAGGGCAGUGGUAAUAUGAAAGGAUCAAAAUUCAAAGUGCCAUCACUUUCAGGACAGAAAAUCUCCAUGCCAGAUGUGGAUUUACAUGUCAAAGGGCCCAAACUCAAAGGUGAUGUGGAUGUGUCAGGGCCAAAGAUUGAAGGGGACAUAAAAACACUUGAUGUUGAUGUUAAAGUUCCGGAGGUGGAUAUAGAGGGUCCAAAAGGUGAAUUUGAAAUGCCGAAAAUCAAAAUGCCAUCAUUUGGCUUCAAAGGUCCAAAAGGGGAGGGUCCAGAUGUUGAUAUAAACCUUCCCAAAGGAAACAUUGACAUGAAAGCCCCUGCUGUUGACAUUAAAGGGCCAGAGGUUGACAUAGAAGGACCGGAUGCAAAACUGAAAGGAACCAAAUUCAGCAUGCCAACAAUUUCAGGACCGAAACUUUCCAUGCCAGAUGUGGAUUUUAAUUUGAAAGGUCCAAAACUCAAAGGUAAUGUGGAUAUGUCAGCGCCAAAGAUCAAAGGAGACGUUAAAACGCCUGAGUUUGACAUCAAAGGUCCACAGGUUGAUAUUGAAGGUCCAAAAGGUGGAUUUGAAAUGCCUAAAAUCAAAAUGCCAUCAUUUGGCUUUAAAGGUCCAAAAGUGGAGGGUCCAGAUGUUGAUAUAAACCUUCCCAAAGCAAAAAUUGACGUGAAAGCACCUGCUGUUGACAUUAAAGGGCCAGAGGUGGACAUCGAAGGCCCAGAUGCAAAGCUCAAAGGAACCAAAUUCAGCAUGCCAACCAUUACAGGACCAAAACCUUCCAUGCCAGAUGUGGAUUUAAAACUGAAAGGUCCCAAACUCAAAGGUGAUGUGGAUAUGUCAGCGCCAAAGAUCGAAGGAGACAUUAAAACACCUGAGUUUGACAUCAAAGGUCCACAGGUUGAUAUUGAAGGUCCGAAAGGUGGAUUUGAAAUGCCUAAAAUCAAAAUGCCAUCAUUUGGCUUUAAAGGUCCAAAAGUGGAGGGUCCAGAUGUUGAUAUAAACCUUCCCAAAACAAACAUUGACGUGAAAGCACCUGCUGUUGACAUUAAAGGGCCAGAGGUGGACAUCGAAGGCCCAGAUGCAAAGCUCAAAGGAACCAAAUUCAGCAUGCCAACCAUUACAGGACCAAAACCUUCUAUGCCAGAUGUGGAUUUAAAACUGAGAGGUCCCAAACUCAAAGGUGAUGUGGACAUGUCAGCGCCAAAGAUCGAAGGAGACAUUAAAACACCUGAGUUUGACAUCAAAGGUCCACAGGUUGAUAUUGAAGGUCCGAAAGGUGGAUUUGAAAUGCCUAAAAUCAAAAUGCCAUCAUUUGGCUUUAAAGGUCCAAAAGUGGAGGGUCCAGAUGUUGAUAUAAACCUUCCCAAAACAAACAUUGACGUGAAAGCACCUGCUGUUGACAUUAAAGGACCAGAGGUGGACAUCGACGGGCCGGAUGCAAAGCUAAAAGGACCCAAAUUCAGCAUGCCAACCAUUUCAGGACCAAAACUUUCCAUGCCUGAUGUGGAUUUCAAGCUGAAAGGUCCCAAACUCAAAGGUGAUGUGGAUAUGUCAGCGCCAAAGAUCGAAGGAGACAUUAAAACACCUGAGUUUGACAUCAAAGGUCCACAGGUUGAUAUUGAAGGUCCGAAAGGUGGAUUUGAAAUGCCUAAAAUCAAAAUGCCAUCAUUUGGCUUUAAAGGUCCAAAAGUGGAGGGUCCAGAUGUUGAUAUAAACCUUCCCAAAACAAACAUUGACGUGAAAGCACCUGCUGUUGACAUUAAAGGACCAGAGGUGGACAUCGACGGGCCGGAUGCAAAGCUAAAAGGACCCAAAUUCAGCAUGCCAACCAUUUCAGGACCAAAACUUUCCAUGCCUGAUGUGGAUUUCAAGCUGAAAGGUCCCAAACUCAAAGGUGAUGUAGAUAUGUCAGCGCCAAAGAUCGAAAGAGACAUUAAAACACCUGAGUUUGACAUCAAAGGUCCACAGGUUGAUAUUGAAGGUCCGAAAGGUGGAUUUGAAAUGCCUAAAAUCAAAAUGCCAUCAUUUGGCUUUAAAGGUCCAAAAGUGGAGGGUCCAGAUGUUGAUAUAAACCUUCCCAAAACAAACAUUGACGUGAAAGCACCUGCUGUUGACAUUAAAGGGCCAGAGGUAGACAUUGAAGGCCCAGAUGCAAAGCUCAAAGGAACCAAAUUCAGCAUGCCAACCAUUACAGGACCAAAACUUUCCAUGCCAGAUGUGGAUUUAAAACUGAAAGGUCCCAAAAUCAAAGGUGAUGUGGAUAUGUCAGCGCCAAAGAUCGAAGGAGACAUUAAAACACCUGAGUUUGACAUCAAAGGUCCACAGGUUGAUAUUGAAGGUCCGAAAGGUGGAUUUGAACUGCCUAAAAUCAAAAUGCCAUCAUUUGGCUUUAAAGGUCCAAAAGUGGAGGGUCCAGAUGUUGAUAUAAACCUUCCAAAAGCAAACAUUGACGUGAAAGCACCUGCUGUUGACAUUAAAGGGCCAGAAGUUGACAUAGAAGGACCGGAUGCAAAACUAAAAGGACCCAAAUUCAGCAUGCCAACCAUUUCAGGACCAAAACUUUCCAUGCCAGAUGUGGAUUUCAAUUUGAAAGGUCCCAAACUCAAAGGUGAUGUGGAUAUGUCAGCGCCAAAGAUCGAAGGAGACGUUAAAACACCGAAGGUUGACAUGAAAGGUCCAGAGGCUGAUAUUAAAGGGCCAAAGGGUGGAUUUGAAAUGCCUAACAUCAAAAUGCCAUCCAUUUCAGGACCCAAGAUGCCAGAUUGGGAUAUUAAUUUGAAAGGACCCAAAAUAAAGGGAGAUGUCGACUUAUCAGCUCAAAAGAUUGAGGGUGACAUAAAAGCUCCCAAGGUUGACAUUGAAGGACCUGAUGUUGACAUCGAGGGCCACAAAGGAGGAUUUAAAAUGCCUAAAUUUAAAAUGCCAUCCUUUGGGCUGAAAGGCCCAAACGUUGAAGGGCCAGAUGUUGAUGUCAGCAUGCCGAAAGCUGAUAUUGAUAUCAAAGCACCUGAUGUUAACAUUACAGGACCAGAGGUUGACAUAGAAGGACCGGAUGCAAAACUGAAAGGACCCAAAUUCAGCAUGCCAACAAUUUCAGGACCAAAACUUUCCAUGCCAGAUGUGGAUUUCAAACUGAAAGGUCCCAAACUCAAAGGUGAUGUAGAUAUGUCAGUGCCAAAGAUAGAGGGAGACAUUAAAACACCGAAGGUUGACAUUAAAGGUCCAGAGGCUGAUAUUAAAGGGCCAAAGGGUGGAUUUGAAAUGCCUAAUAUCAAAAUGCCAUCAAUAUCAGGACCCAAGAUGCCAGAUUGGGAUAUUAAUCUGAAAGGACCCAAAAUAAAGGGAGAUGUCGACGUGUCGGUUCCAAAGAUUGAGGGUGACAUAAAAGCUCCCAAGGUUGACAUUGAAGGACCUGAUGUUGACAUCGAGGGCCACAAAGGAGGAUUUAAAAUGCCUAAAUUUAAAAUGCCAUCCUUCGGGUUGAAAGGUCCAAAUCUCGAAGGGCCAGAAGUUGAUGUCAGCAUGCCGAAAGCUGAUAUUGAUAUUAAAGCACCUGAUGUUAACAUUACAGGACCAGAGGUUGACAUAGAAGGACCGGAUGCAAAACUGAAAGGACCCAAAUUCAGCAUGCCAACAAUUUCAGGACCAAAACUUUCCAUGCCAGAUGUGGAUUUCAAACUGAAAGGUCCCAAACUCAAAGGUGAUGUAGAUAUGUCAGUGCCAAAGAUAGAGGGAGACAUUAAAACACCGAAGGUUGACAUUAAAGGUCCAGAGGCUGAUAUUAAAGGGCCAAAGGGUGGAUUUGAAAUGCCUAACAUCAAAAUGCCAUCAAUAUCAGGACCCAAGAUGCCAGAUUGGGAUAUUAAUCUGAAAGGACCCAAAAUAAAGGGAGAUGUCGACGUGUCGGUUCCAAAGAUAGAGGGUGACAUAAAAGCUCCCAAGGUCAAUAUUGAAGGACCAGAUGUUGACAUUGAGGGCCACAAAGGAGGAUUUAAAAUGCCUAAAUUUAAAAUGCCAUCCUUCGGGGUGAAAGGUCCAAAUCUCGAAGGGCCAGAAGUGGAUGUCAGCAUGCCGAAAGCUGAUAUUGAUAUUAAAGCACCUGAUGUUGACAUUAAAGGACCAGAGGUUGACAUAGAAGGACCAGAUGCAAAACUGAAAGGACCCAAAUUCAGCAUGCCAACAAUUUCAGGACCAAAACUUUCCAUGCCAGAUGUGGAUUUCAAACUGAAAGGUCCCAAACUCAAAGGUGAUGUGGAUAUGUCAGCGCCAAAGAUCGAAGGAGACAUUAAAACACCGAAGGUUGACAUUAAAGGUCCAGAGGCUGAUAUUAAAGGGCCAAAGGGUGGAUUUGAAAUGCCUAACAUCAAAAUGCCAUCAAUAUCAGGACCCAAGAUGCCAGAUUGGGAUAUUAAUCUGAAAGGACCCAAAAUAAAGGGAGAUGUUGACAUGUCAGUUCCAAAGAUUGAGGGUGACAUAAAAGCUCCCAAGGUCGAAAUUGAAGGACCAGAUGUUGACAUCGAGGGCCACAAAGGAGGAUUUAAAAUGCCUAAAUUUAAAAUGCCAUCCUUUGGGCUGAAAGGCCCAAACGUUGAAGGGCCAGAUGUUGAUGUCAGCCUCCCAAAAGCUGAUAUUGAUAUUAGCCCUGAAAUGGAAAUCAAAGGACCAGAAAUGGACAUUGACAGUCCAAGUGGAAAAAUCAAAGGACCCAAAUUCAGCAUGCCAACCAUUUCAGGACCAAAACUUUCCAUGCCAGAUGUGGAUUUCAAUUUGAAAGGUCCCAAACUCAAAGGUGAUGUGGAUAUGUCAGCGCCAAAGAUCAAAGGAGACAUUAAAACACCGAAGGUUGACAUUAAAGGUCCAGAGGCUGAUAUUAAAGGGCCAAAGGGUGGAUUUGAAAUGCCUAAUAUCAAAAUGCCAUCAAUAUCAGGACCCAAGAUGCCAGAUUGGGAUAUUAAUCUGAAAGGACCCAAAAUAAAGGGAGAUGUCGACGUGUCAGUUCCAAAGAUAGAGGGUGACAUAAAAGCUCCCAAGGUCGAUAUUGAAGGACCAGAUGUUGACAUCGAGGGCCACAAAGGAGGAUUUAAAAUGCCUAAAUUUAAAAUGCCAUCCUUUGGGCUGAAAGGCCCAAACGUUGAAGGGCCAGAUGUUGAUGUCAGCCUCCCAAAAGCUGAUAUUGAUAUUAAAGCCCCUGAAAUGGAAAUCAAAGGACCAGAAAUUGACAUUGACAGUCCAAGUGGAAAAAUCAAAGGACCCAAAUUCAGCAUGCCAACGAUUUCAGGACCAAAACUUUCCAUGCCAGAUGUGGAUUUCAAUUUGAAAGGUCCCAAACUCAAAGGUGAUGUAGAUAUGUCAGCGCCAAAGAUCAAAGGAGACAUUAAAACACCGAAGGUUGACAUUAAAGGUCCAGAGGCUGAUAUUAAAGGGCCAAAGGGUGGAUUUGACAUGCCUAAUAUCAAAAUGCCAUCAAUAUCAGGACCCAAGAUGCCAGAUUGGGAUAUUAAUCUGAAAGGACCCAAAAUAAAGGGAGAUGUCGACGUGUCAGUUCCAAAGAUAGAGGGUGACAUAAAAGCUCCCAAGGUUGAUAUUGAAGGACCAGAUGUUGACAUUGAGGGCCACAAAGGAGGAUUUAAAAUGCCUAAAUUUAAAAUGCCAUCCUUUGGGAUGAAAGGUCCACAUCUCGAAGGGCCAGAAGUUGAUGUCAGCCUCCCAAAAGCUGAUAUUGAUAUUAAAGCCCCUGAAAUGGAAAUCAAAGGACCAGAUAUUGACAUUGACAGUCCAAGUGGAAAAAUCAAAGGACCCAAAUUCAGCAUGCCAACAAUUUCAGGACCGAAACUUUCCAUGCCAGAUGUGGAUUUCAAGCUGAAAGGUCCCAAACUCAAAGGUGAUGUGGAUAUGUCAGCGCCAAAGAUCGAAGGAGACGUUAAAACACCGAAGGUUGACAUUAAAGGUCCAGAGGCCGAUAUUAAAGGGCCAAAGGGUGGAUUUGAAAUGCCUAACAUCAAAAUGCCAUCAAUAUCAGGACCCAAGAUGCCAGACUGGGAUAUUAAUCUGAAAGGACCCAAAAUAAAGGGAGAUGUCGACGUGUCAGUUCCAAAGAUAGAGGGUGACAUAAAAGCUCCCAAGGUCGAUAUUGAAGGACCAGAUGUUGACAUCGAGGGCCACAAAGGAGGAUUUAAAAUGCCUAAAUUUAAAAUGCCAUCCUUUGGGCUGAAAGGCCCAAACGUUGAAGGGCCAGAAGUUGAUGUCAGCAUGCCGAAAGCUGAUAUUGAUAUCAAAGCACCUGAUGUUGACAUUAAAGGACCAGAGGUUGACAUAGAAGGACCGGACGCAAAACUGAAAGGACCCAAAUUCAGCAUGCCAACCAUUUCAGGACCAAAACUUUCCAUGCCAGAUGUGGAUUUCAAACUGAAAGGUCCCAAACUCAAAGGUGAUGUGGAUAUGUCAGUACCAAAGAUCGAAGGAGACGUUAAAACACCGAAGGUUGACGUUAAAGGUCCAGAGGCUGAUAUUAAAGGGCCAAAGGGUGGAUUUGAAAUGCCUAACAUCAAAAUGCCAUCAAUAUCAGGACCCAAGAUGCCAGAUUGGGAUAUUAAUCUGAAAGGACCCAAAAUAAAGGGAGAUGUCGACGUGUCAGUUCCAGAGAUUGAGGGUGACAUAAAAGCUCCCAAGGUCGAUAUUGAAGGACCAGAUGUUAACAUCGAGGGCCACAAAGGAGGAUUUAAAAUGCCUAAAUUUAAAAUGCCAUCCUUUGGGCUGAAAGGCCCAAACGUUGAAGGGCCAGAUGUUGAUGUCAGCCUCCCAAAAGCUGAUAUUGAUAUUAAAGCCCCUGAAAUGGAAAUCAAAGGACCAGAUAUUGACAUUGACAGUCCAAGUGGAAAAAUCAAAGGACCCAAAUUCAGCAUGCCAACCAUUUCAGGACCGAAACUUUCCAUGCCAGAUGUGGAUUUCAAGCUGAAAGGUCCCAAACUCAAAGGUGAUGUGGAUAUGUCAGUGCCAAAGAUCGAAGGAGACAUUAAAACACCGAAGGUUGACAUUAAAGGUCCAGAGGCUGAUAUUAAAGGGCCAAAGGGUGGAUUUGAAAUGCCUAACAUCAAAAUGCCAUCAAUUUCAGGACCCAAGAUGCCAGAUUGGGAUAUUAAUCUGAAAGGACCCAAAAUAAAGGGAGAUGUCGACGUGUCAGUUCCAAAGAUAGAGGGUGACAUAAAAGCUCCCAAGGUCGAUAUUGAAGGACCAGAUGUUGACAUCGAGGGCCACAAAGGAGGAUUUAAAAUGCCUAAAUUUAAAAUGCCAUCCUUCGGAGUGAAAGGUCCAAAUAUUGAAGGGCCAGAAGUUGACGUCAGCAUGCCGAAAGCUGAUAUUGAUAUUAAAGCACCUGAUGUUGACAUUAAAGGACCAGAGGUUGACAUAGAAGGACCGGAUGCAAAACUAAAAGGACCCAAAUUCAGCAUGCCAACAAUUUCAGGACCAAAACUUUCCAUGCCUGAUGUGGAUUUCAAGCUGAAAGGUCCCAAACUCAAAGGUGAUGUGGAUAUGUCAGCGCCAAAGAUCGAAGGAGACAUUAAAGGUCCAGAGGCUGAUAUUAAAGGGCCAAAGGGUGGAUUUGAAAUGCCUAACAUCAAAAUGCCAUCAAUUUCAGGACCCAAGAUGCCAGAUUGGGAUAUUAAUCUGAAAGGACCCAAAAUAAAGGGAGAUGUCGACGUGUCAGUUCCAAAGAUUGAGGGUGACAUAAAAGCUCCCAAGGUCGAUAUUGAAGGACCAGAUGUUGACAUCGAGGGCCACAAAGGAGGAUUUAAAAUGCCUAAAUUUAAAAUGCCAUCCUUUGGGAUGAAAGGUCCAAAUCUCGAAGGGCCAGAUGUUGAUGUCAGCCUCCCAAAAGCUGAUAUUGAUAUUAAAGUCCCUGACAUGGAAAUCAAAGGACCAGAAAUUGACAUUGACAGUCCAAGUGGAAAAAUCAAAGGACCCAAAUUCAACAUGCCAACUAUUUCAGGACCAAAACUUUCCAUGCCAGAUGUGGAUUUCAAUUUGAAAGGUCCCAAACUCAAAGGUGAUGUGGAUAUGUCAGCGCCAAAGAUCGAAGGAGACAUUAAAACACCAAAGGUUGACAUUAAAGGUCCAGAGGCUGAUAUUAAAGGGCCAAAGGGUGGAUUUGAAAUGCCUAACAUCAAAAUGCCAUCAAUAUCAGGACCCAAGAUGCCAGAUUGGGAUAUUAAUCUGAAAGGACCCAAAAUAAAGGGAGAUGUCGACGUGUCAGUUCCAAAGAUAGAGGGUGACAUAAAAGCUCCCAAGGUCGAUAUUGAAGGACCAGAUGUUGACGUCGAGGGCCACAAAGGAGGAUUUAAAAUGCCUAAAUUUAAAAUGCCAUCCUUUGGGCUGAAAGGCUCAAAUGUUGAAGGGCCAGAUGUUGAUGUCAGCCUCCCAAAGGCUGAUAUUGAUAUUAAAGCCCCUGAAAUGGAAAUCAAAGGACCAGAUAUUGACAUUGACAGUCCAAGUGGAAAACUGAAAGGACCCAAAUUCAGCAUGCCAACAAUUUCAGGACCGAAACUUUCCAUGCCAGAUGUGGAUUUCAAUUUGAAAGGUCCCAAACUCAAAGGUGAUGUGGAUAUGUCAGCGCCAAAGAUCGAAGGAGACAUUAAAACACCGAAGGUUGACAUUAAAGGUCCAGAGGCUGAUAUUAAAGGGCCAAAGGGUGGAUUUGAAAUGCCUAACAUCAAAAUGCCAUCGAUUUCAGGACCCAAGAUGCCAGAUUGGGAUAUUAAUCUGAAAGGACCCAAAAUAAAGGGAGAUGUCGACGUGUCAGUUCCAAAGAUAGAGGGUGACAUAAAAGCUCCCAAGGUCGAUAUUGAAGGACCAGAUGUUGACAUCGAGGGCCACAAAGGAGGAUUUAAAAUGCCUAAAUUUAAAAUGCCAUCCUUCGGAGUCAAAGGUCCAAAUAUUGAAGGGCCAGAUGUUGAUGUCAGCAUGCCGAAAGCUGAUAUUGAUAUCAAAGCACCUGAUGUUGACAUUAAAGGACCAGAGGUUGACAUAGAAGGACCGGACGCAAAACUGAAAGGACCCAAAUUCAGCAUGCCAACAAUUUCAGGACCAAAACUUUCCAUGCCAGAUGUGGAUUUCAAACUGAAAGGUCCCAAACUCAAAGGUGAUGUGGAUAUGUCAGUGCCAAAGAUCGAAGGAGACAUUAAAACACCGAAGGUUGACAUUAAAGGUCCAGAGGCUGAUAUUAAAGGGCCAAAGGGUGGAUUUGAAAUGCCUAACAUCAAAAUGCCAUCAAUAUCAGGACCCAAGAUGCCAGAUUGGGAUAUUAAUCUGAAAGGACCCAAAAUAAAGGGAGAUGUCGACGUGUCAGUUCCAAAGAUUGAGGGUGACAUAAAAGCUCCCAAGGUCGAUAUUGAAGGACCAGAUGUUGACAUCGAGGGCCACAAAGGAGGAUUUAAAAUGCCUAAAUUUAAAAUGCCAUCCUUUGGGCUGAAAGGCCCAAACGUUGAAGGGCCAGAUGUUGAUGUCAGCCUCCCAAAAGCUGAUAUUGAUAUUAAAGCCCCUGAAAUGGAAAUCAAAGGACCAGAAAUUGACAUUGACAGUCCAAGUGGAAAAAUCAAAGGACCCAAAUUCAGCAUGCCAACAAUUUCAGGACCAAAACUUUCCAUGCCAGAUGUGGAUUUCAAUUUGAAAGGUCCCAAACUCAAAGGUGAUGUGGAUAUGUCAGCGCCAAAGAUCGAAGGAGACAUUAAAACACCGAAGGUUAACAUUAAAGGUCCAGAGGCCGAUAUUAAAGGGCCAAAGGGUGGAUUUGAUAUGCCUAACAUCAAAAUGCCAUCAAUUUCAGGACCCAAGAUGCCAGAUUGGGAUAUUAAUCUGAAAGGACCCAAAAUAAAGGGAGAUGUCGACGUGUCAGUUCCAAAGAUUGAGGGUGACAUAAAAGCUCCCAAGGUCGAUAUUGAAGGACCAGAUGUUAACAUCGAGGGCCACAAAGGAGGAUUUAAAAUGCCUAAAUUUAAAAUGCCAUCCUUCGGGGUGAAAGGUCCAAAUCUCGAAGGGCCAGAAGUUGAUGUCAGCAUGCCGAAAGCUGAAAUUGAUAUCAAAGCACCUGAUGUUGACAUUAAAGGACCAGAGGUUGACAUAGAAGGACCAGAUGCAAAACUGAAAGGACCCAAAUUCAGCAUGCCAACAAUUUCAGGACCGAAACUUUCCAUGCCAGAUGUGGAUUUCAAACUGAAAGGUCCCAAAAUCAAAGGUGAUGUGGAUAUGUCAGCGCCAAAGAUCGAAGGAGACGUUAAAACACCUGACUUUGACAUCAAAGGUCCACAGGUUGAUAUUGAAGGUCCGAAAGGUGGAUUUGAAAUGCCCAAAAUCAAAAUGCCAUCAUUUGGCUUCAAAGGUCCGAAAGUGGAGGGUCCAGAUGUUGAUAUAAACCUUCCCAAAGGAAACAUUGACAUGAAAUCACCUGCUGUUGACAUUAAAGGGCCAGAGAUUGACAUUGAACGACCUGAUGCAAAGCUCAAAGGACCGAAAUUCAGCAUGCCAACCAUUUCAGGACCGAAACUUUCCAUGCCAGAUGUGGAUUUCAAUCUGAGUGGACCCAAACUCAAAGGUGAUGUAGAUCUGUCAUCUCCAAAGAUAGAGGGAGACAUUAAAACACCUACGGUUGACAUUAAAGUUCCAGAGGCUGAUAUUAAAGGGCCAAAGGGUGGAUUUGAAAUGCCUAACAUCAAAAUGCCAUCAAUAUCAGGACCCAAGAUGCCAGAUUGGGAUAUUAAUCUGAAAGGACCCAAAAUAAAGGGCGAUGUCGAUGUUUCAGUUCCAAAGAUUGAGGGUGACAUAAAAGCUCCCAAGGUUGAUAUUGAAGGACCAGAUGUUGACAUUGAGGGCCACAAAGGAGGAUUUAAAAUGCCUAAAUUUAAAAUGCCAUCCUUUGGGAUGAAAGGCCCAAACGUUGAAGGGCCAGAUGUUGAUGUCAGCCUCCCAAAAGCUGAUAUUGAUAUUAAAGCCCCUGAAAUGGAAAUCAAAGGACCAGAUAUUGACAUUGACAGUCCAAGUGGAAAAAUCAAAGGACCCAAAUUCAGCAUGCCAACCAUUUCAGGACCAAAACUUUCCAUGCCAGAUGUGGAUUUCAAUCUGAGAGGACCGAAACUCAAAGGUGAUGUUGAUGUGGUAACUCCAAAGAUCGAAGGAGACAUUAAAACACCUGAAGUUAAGAUCAAGGGUCCUACCGUUGACUUAGAAUCUCCAGAAGGACAACUUAGUGGGCCAAAGGUGAAGUUACCAAAAAUGUCUGGACCGAAAAUAUCAUUGCCAGAUGUUGACAUCAAUGUGAAGGGGCCAAAGGUCAAGGGUGAUUUCAAAGGGGAUGUUCAGUUGCCAAAAGCUGAACUUGAGGGACCAGAUGUCACCAUUGAUGUUCCAGAAAUUGGUGCAAAGAAAGCUAAAUUCAAAAUGCCAAAAUUUGGAUUUAAGGGUUCAAAGAUAAAGGCCCCAGACACAGACGUGAAAAUGGCAAAAGGUGAUAUAAGUAUCAAAGGGAUGACUGGUAGCUCUGAAGGUCUUGAUCUUGACCUGGGAUUGACUGGUUCAAAAACUAAAGGAUCCAAAUUCAAGAUGCCAAAAUUUGGUUUCAAAGGCCCAAAAGUUGAAAUGCCAGAAGUUGAUGUUAAUCCGAACAUUUCCAUGCCAGAUGUGGAUUUUAAUGUGAAAGGUCCCAAACUCAAAGGGGAUUUGGAUGUGUCAGUUCCAAAGAUUAAGGGAGACAUAACAGGGCCUGAAGUUGACAUCAAAGGUCCAGAUAUGGAAUGUUCAAAGGGGGGAUUUGAAAUGCCUAAAAUUAAAAUGCCAUCUUUCAGCAUUAAGAGUCCCAAAGUAGAGGGCCCUGAUGUUGACAUUGAUCUUCCAAAAGCUGAUAUGGAGAUCAAAGCACCUGGAAUUGACAUGAAGGGGCAAGACAUUGAUGUUGAAGGCCCUGAUGCAAAAUUGAAAGGACCCAAAUUAAAGUUGCCAUCCGUACAAGCACCAAAGAUGCCAGACUGGGAUAUCAAUCUGAAAGGUCCAAAACUGAAAGGAGAUGUGAAUAUGAAAGGUCCUAAGAUUGAGGGAGAUAUUGAAACUCCUAAAAUAGACGUUGAAGUACCAGACAUUGACAUUGACAGUCCAAGUGCAAAAAUAAAGGGGCCAAAAUUCAAGAUGCCAACUAUCUCAGGACCGAAGAUUUCCAUGCCAGAUAUGGAUUUCAAUUUGAAAGGUCCCAAACUCAAAGGUGAUGUGGAUUUGUCAGUGCCAAAGAUUAAAGGAGACAUAAAAACACCUGAUUUUGACAUCAAAGGUCCACAGGUUGAUGUUGAAGGUUCAAAAGGUGGAUUUGAAAUGCCUAAAAUCAAAAUGCCAUCAUUUGGUUUCCAAGGUCCAAAAGUGGAGGGUCACGAUGUUGAUAUUAACCUUCCCAAGGCUAAAAUUGAUGUUAAAGCACCUGACGUUGACAUUAAAGGACCAGAGAUUGACAUUGAAGGACCUGAUGCAAAACUCAAAGGACCCAAAAUCAAAAUGCCAUCAGUAUCGGGACCCAAGAUGCCAGAUUGGGAUAUUAAUCUGAAAGGGCCAAAAAUAAAGGGAGAUGUUGACGUGUCAGUUCCAAAGAUCGAGGGUGACAUUAAAGGUCCCAAGGUCGAUAUUGAAGGACCAGAUGUUGACAUCGAGGGCCACAAAGGAGGAUUUAAAAUGCCUAAAUUUAAAAUGCCAUCCUUCGGAGUGAAAGGUCCAAAUAUUGAAGGGCCAGAAGUUGAUGUCAGCAUGCCGAAAGCUGAUAUUGAUAUCAAAGCACCUGAUGUUGACAUUAAAGGACCAGAGGUUGACAUAGAAGGACCGGACGCAAAACUGAAAGGACCCAAAUUCAGCAUGCCAACAAUUUCAGGACCAAAACUUUCCAUGCCUGAUGUGGAUUUCAAGCUGAAAGGUCCCAAACUCAAAGGUGAUGUGGAUUUGUCAGCACCAAAGAUGGAGGGAGACAUUGAAACACCUGAGUUUGAUAUCAAAGGUCCACAGGCUGAUAUUGAAGGUCUGAAAGGUGGAUUUGAAAUGCCUAAAAUCAAAAUGCCAUCAUUUGGCAUUAAAGGUCCAAAAGUAGAGGGUCCAGAUGUUGAUAUAAAUCUUCCCAAAGCAAACAUUGACGUGAAAGCACCUGACGUUGACAUCAAAGGACCAGAUUUUGACAUUGAGUGCCCAAGUGGUAAAAUCAAAGGACCCAAAUUCAACAUGCCAAACAUUUCAGGACCAAAACUUUCCAUGCCAGAUGUGGAUUUCAAGCUGAAAGGUCCCAAACUUAAAGGUGAUGUGGAUAUGUCAGCGCCAAAGAUCGAAGGAGACAUUGAAACACCUGACAUUGACAUCAAAGGUCCACAGGUUGAUAUCAAAGGACCUAAGGGAGGAUUUGACAUGCCUAAAAUCAAAAUGCCAUCAUUUGGAUUCAAAGGUCCAAAAGUAGAGGGUCCAGAUGUUGAUAUAAACCUUCCCAAGGCAAACAUUGACAUGAAAGCACCUGAUGUUGACAUUAAAGGGCCAGAGAUAGAUGUUGCAGGCCCUGAUGCAAAACUCAAAGGACCCAAAAUCAAAAUGCCAUCAAUGUCAGGACCUACAAUGCCAGAUUGGGAUAUUAGUCUGAAAGGGUCCAAAAUAAAGGGAGAUGUCGACGUGUCAGUUCCAAAGAUUGAGGGUGAUAUAAAAGCUCCCAAGGUCCAUAUUGAAGGACCAGAUGUUGACAUUGAUGGCCACAAAGGAGGAUUUAAAAUGCCUAAAUUUAAAAUGCCAUCCUUUGGGCUGAAAGGUCCAAAUGUUGAAGGGCCAGAUGUUGAUGUCAGCCUCCCGAAAGCUGAUAUUGAUAUUAAAGCCCCUGAAUUGGAUAUCAAAGGACCAGAUUUUAACAUUGACAGUCCAAGUGGAAAAAUCAAAGGACCCAAAUUCAGCAUGCCAACAAUUUCAGGACCGAAACUUUCCAUGCCAGAUGUGGAUUUCAAACUGAAAGGUCCCAAACUCAAAGGUGAUGUGGAUAUGUCAGUGCCAAAGAUCGAAGGAGACGUUGAAACACCUGACCUUGACAUCAAAGGUCCACAGGUUGAUAUCAAAGGGCAUACGGGUGGAUUUGACAUGCCUAAAAUCAAAAUGCCAUCAUUUGGAUUCAAAGGUCCAAAAGUAGAGGGUCCAGAUGUUGAUAUAAACCUUCCCAAGGCAAACAUUGACGUGAAAGCACCUGAUGUUGACAUUAAAGGGCCAGAGAUAGAUGUUGCAGGCCCUGAUGCAAAACUCAAAGGACCCAAAAUCAAACUGCCAUCAAUGUCAGGACCCACAAUGCCAGAUUGGGAUAUUAGUGUGAAAGGACCCAAGGUGAAGGGAGAUGUUGACGUGUCAAUUCCAAAGAUUGAGGGUGAUAUAAAAGCUCCUAAGGUCGAUAUUGAAGGACCAGAUGUUGACAUUGAGGGCCACAAAGGAGGAUUUAAAAUGCCUAAAUUUAAAAUGCCAUCUUUUGGGCUGAAAGGUCCAAAUGUUGAAGGGCCAGAUGUUGAUGUCAGCCUCCCGAAAGCUGAAAUUGAUAUUAAAGCCCCUGAAUUGGAUAUCAAAGGACCAGAUUUUAACAUUGACAGUCCAAGUGGAAAAAUCAAAGGACCCAAAUUCAACAUGCCAAACAUUUCAGGACCAAAACUUUCCAUGCCAGAUGUGGAUUUCAAACUGAAAGGUCCCAAACUCAAAGGUGAUGUGGAUAUGUCAGUGCCAAAGAUCGAAGGAGACGUUGAAACACCUGACCUUGACAUCAAAGGUCCACAGGUUGAUAUCAAAGGGCCUACGGGUGGAUUUGACAUGCCUAAAAUCAAAAUGCCAUCAUUUGGAUUCAAAGGUCCAAAAGUAGAGGGUCCAGAUGUUGAUAUAAACCUUCCCAAGGCAAACAUUGACGUGAAAGCACCUGAUGUUGACAUUAAAGGGCCAGAGAUAGACGUUGCAGGCCCUGAUGCAAAACUCAAAGGACCAAAAAUCAAACUGCCAUCAAUGUCAGGACCCACAAUGCCAGAUUGGGAUAUUAAUCUGAAAGGGCCCAAGGUGAAGGGAGAUGUUGACGUGUCAGUUCCAAAGAUUGAGGGUGAUAUAAAAGCUCCUAAGGUCGAUAUUGAAGGACCAGAUGUUGACAUUGAGGGUCACAAAGGAGGAUUUAAAAUGCCUAAAUUUAAAAUGCCAUCUUUUGGGAUGAAAGGUCCAAAUGUUGAAGGUCCAGAUGUUGAUGUCAGCCUCCCAAAGGCUGAUAUUGAUAUUAAAGCCCCUGAAUUGGACAUAAAAGGACCAGAUAUUGACAUUGACAGUCCAAGUGGAAAAAUCAAAGGACCCAAAUUCAACAUGCCAACCAUUUCAGGACCAAAACUUUCCAUGCCAGAUGUGGAUUUCAAGCUAAAAGGUCCCAAACUCAAAGGUGAUGUGGACAUGUCAGUGCCAAAGAUCGAGGGAGACAUUGAAACGCCUGACUUUGACAUCAAAGGUCCACAGGUUGAUAUCAAAGGGCCUAAGGGUGGAUUUGACAUGCCUAAAAUCAAAAUGCCAUCAUUUGGAUUCAAAGGUCCAAAAGUAGAGGGUCCAGAUGUUGAUAUUAACCUUCCCAAGGCUAACAUUGAUUUGAAAGCACCUGCCCUUGAUAUUAAAGGGCCAGAGAUUGACAUUGCAGGUCCUGAUGCAAAUCUUAAAGGACCAAAAAUCAAACUGCCAUCAAUGUCAGGACCCGCAAUGCCAGAUUGGGAUAUUAGUGUGAAAGGACCCAAGGUGAAGGGAGAUGUCGACGUGUCAGUUCCAAAGAUUGAGGGUGACAUAAAAGCUCCCAAGGUCGAUAUUGAAGGACCAGAUGUUGACAUUGAUGGUCACAAAGGAGGAUUUAAAAUGCCUAAAUUUAAAAUGCCAUCCUUUGGGCUGAAAGGUCCAAAUGUUGAAGGGCCAGAUGUUGAUGUCAGCCUCCCGAAAGCUGAUAUUGAUAUUAAAGCCCCUGAAUUGGACAUCAAAGGACCAGAUUUUGACAUUGACAGUCCAAGUGGAAAAAUCAAAGGACCCAAAUUCAACAUGCCAACCAUUUCAGGACCAAAACUUUCCAUGCCAGAUGUGGAUUUCAAGCUAAAAGGUCCCAAACUCAAAGGUGAUGUGGACAUGUCAGUGCCAAAGAUCGAAGGAGACAUUGAAACGCCUGACUUUGACAUUAAAGGUCCACAGGUUGAUAUCAAAGGGCCUAAGGGUGGAUUUGACAUGCCUAAAAUGAAAAUGCCAUCAUUUGGAUUCAAAGGUCCAAAAGUAGAGGGUCCAGAUGUUGAUAUAAACCUUCCCAAGGCAAACAUUGAUGUGAAAGCACCUGGCCUUGACAUUAAAGGGCCAGAGAUUGACAUUGACAGUCCAAGUGGAAAAAUCAAAGGACCCAAAUUCAACAUGCCAACCAUUUCAUCCCCGAAAAUAUCUAUGCCAAAUAUGGAUCUCAAUCUGAAAGGUCCCAAACUCAAAGGUGAUGUGGAUUUGUCAGCUCCAAAGAUUGAAGGAGACGUUAAAACACCUCAUGUUGAUAUCAAAGGUCCAGAAGUCAACAUUGAAGGGCCUAAGGGUGGAUUUGAAAUACCUAAAAUCACAAUGCCAUCAUUUAACAUGAAAGGUCCAAAAGUGGAGGGCCCAGAUGUUGAUAUUAACCUUCCCAAAGCUAACAUUGAUGUGAAAGCACCUGGGGUUCAUAUUAAAUCCCCAGAGAUUGACAUUGAAGGCCCUGAUGCAAAAAUCAAAGGACCAAAAUUCAACAUGCCAUCCGUUUCAGGUCCUAAAAUAUCCAUGCCAAAUGUGGAUUUCAAUCUGAAAAGUCCCAAACAUAAAGGUGAUGUGGAUGUCUCAGCUCCAAAGAUAGAGGGAGGCAUUAAAACCCCUGGCAUUGACAUUAAAGGUCCAGAGGUUGAUAUUGAAGGGCCAAAGGGUGGAUUUGAAAUGCCUAAAAUCAAAACGCCUUCAUUUGGCUUUAAAGGUCCACAGUUGGAAGGCCCAGGCAUUGAUGUCAGCCUUCCCAAAUCUAAUAUUGAUGUUAAAGCACCUGAGCUUGACAUCAACCUAAAAGGGUCCAAAGUCAAAGGAAAGAUGGAUGCAACAGUGCCCAAAGUGGAAGGAGAUAUCAAAGGUCCAAAUGCUAACAUUGCAGUACCCACCAUCACUAUGGAAGGUGUGUCUAUUGAGCCUGUAAAUACAGGUGUUACAUUUCCCAAGUUCAAAGGUCCUAAGUUUGGAAUGAAAUCCACAGACGUGGAGGGGCCUGAAUCCAUUGUGAAGACACCCACGUUUAGUGUGGGAGCAAAAGAUUCCAAAAAAGAAGUUAGUCUCCCAGAUACUGAAGCAAGUCUUGAUGUCCCUGAUGUUGACAUCAAUGUAAAGGGGAAAAAGGGAAAAUUUAAACUUCCUAAAGUCAAAGGAAAGGCAAAGAAACCUGAUGUUGACAUAGAAACACCAGCUGUAAACCUGGAUGUAGACACCCCUAAUAUUCAUGUCAAAGGCAAAAAGGUAAAGAAGCCCCUUUUUGGUAAGCUUAAUUUUCCUGAUGUGGAAUUAGAUAUCAAAUCACCAAAAACGAAAGGCGAUGGAUCGUUAUCAGAAGGAAUGAAAUCAUCUGACGUAGAUUUGCGAUCUGCUAGCUUGAACACGGCCAUUGAAGGUUCUGGGACUGGCAGUCCAAAUGUUCAUUUGCAAGGGCCAGAUGUGAAAUUGAAGACUCCUAAUAUUAAAAUGUCAAAUGUAAACAUAUCUACCCCUGAUAUUGAUGCAAAUCUAAACAGACAAGGAGAGGCAGGUAUUUCUGCAGGUUUCAAAGGCAAAAAUAUAAAUGUGAAAGGUGGUGCAGAGAUUGAUGCAAGUGUUUCAGGGGAUAAUGCCACUGGUGACCUUCAUUACCCAGAGGGUACUGUAACAUUUCCCAAAAUGAAGGUACCAAAAUUUGGUAUUGCUCUGCCUCAGUUGGAAGGACAGCAUGGUGGAGGAAAUGUUGAAUCAGAACUUGCUGCUAGUGGAGACAUCAACAUUCAGUCUCCAUCUGUUAGCUGCCAAGUCAGUUCACAAAAUAUUGAGGUUCCCAGUCCAGAAAUAAGGCACAGUGAGGGCAAAGUAAAAGUAAAGAUGCCAAAAUUUUUUGGCAAAUCAAAGGCAAAGGGCAGUAGUGUAGGUGACCUUCGGGGACCAGAGGUAGAACUGAGCACUAGUGGAAAAGGCGGUAAGGUCUCUAAAGAUGUAAGUGUACAUACUGGUGAACUGAUGGGUGGAAAAUUUGAGGGUGACCCUGGACUCAGUGUGUCAACUAAAGGCAAGUCCGCCUCACUGGAUCUAUUUAAGAAAUCAAGGCAUCGGUCUUCUUCUCUCAGUGAUGAAGGGGGGCUUGCAGUUAGUUCUCCUUCCGGUCACUUAGAAGCUGAGGGUGGUGACAUUUCAUUAGACCUUGGAGAAAGCAAGGUCAAAGGAAAGAAAGGAAAGUUGAAGUUUGGUACCUUUGGAGGUUUUGGUUCAAAGUCAAAGGGCUCAUACGAAGUGACGCUUGGUGAGGAGAGUGAAGCAGGAGUGGAGGGCAGUGCAGGUGUUUCUCUAGCCUCUAAAAAAUCGAGAUUGUCUUCGUCUUCCAGCAAUGACAGUGGUUCAAAAGGAGGUUUCAGGUUCCCAAGACUUGAACUAUCUGUUUCACCAAAAAAAGAUUAAUUAUGAGGCAAAUUAAACUCUCUCAUGUACAUGCAAAUGCACUCUCCUAAAAUGGCAAAUUCAUCAAAUUGUUUAAAACCUGAGAGGACAAACACAGUCAUCUCAGUUUUAAUGACUUUUUAAUGACUAACUAUUAUUUUCAGUAAUUAGACAGGAGUGCAUGAGAUUGUUUAAAUUCCCUUCAAACUGUAAAUAAGAUUAAUUUGUAUUGUAAUAAUAAAUAUUUCUUUUUGUACAUAGACAAGAUUUAUUGAACAUAUGCCAUUUCACCAAAUUUUCAACAAUAGUUUAUAACAGGGUUUGUCAUUUAUUUCAUUUUAUUAAAUGAAUGUUGUUAAUGAACGGGUGUGGUAUAUUUGUAUCCAGGGACAGAAGAGAUAGUUACAGUAGUUAUUUUGAAGGAAAAUGUUGUUUAUACAAAAAUAUUAAACAGUUCCAAUUUUUCUUUAUGUAAGAAAUGAUUUAAUUUUCAAGCUUUGAUAUUAUAUAAUCAGUGCAGAAGCAGAAUUUACUCAUCAUAGAGCUGGUCCUUCAUAACACAUUCUAAAGAGUGGUGGUGUUGUAUAUACCAUAAUUACAAAAACAAUCACUGUCAACUCUGUCAAUAGUUGUCAGUACUUUUAUUCACCCUUAAAUUCUGUGCCAUUUACCAUAAAUAUGCAUUUGUUUCAUUUGUUUUAAACAUGUUUUGUUUCUUUAUCCUGUCAUUUUAAUUUUCAUUUCAUAUUUUAUGAUCCUCUAUAUUUUAUUUUCUGUCAAUCUGUCUUUGUACACACACCUUAUGAUUAAGUAAAAAAUAAACAGUCACUUUUUGAUCUAAUUUGUUUGCAAAAAAAUCUGUGUUGAUAAGAGAGUUGAUGGAGAUAAAGCAUGAUUCUUUGGGUCUAUUAUUUUGUGUGCAUUCUGCCAAUCAAACUCAAUAAAAAGAUUUAUAAAAUGUAUAACAUUU